AUGAGUAAUAAUAACCUUAUCGAAUUUUCUAACCUAAGCUCCAGUGUAAAAAUAUGUUCAGAUUGUGGUAGCCAGAGAAAUAAAGAAGAAUUUUGUCAUUUAUAUAAAGCUGUCAUCAGAAUUUUUGGAAAAAUUAAUGAGAAUGAUAAUAUAAACGGACUUCUUUAUACCUUAGAUGAAGUGCAAGAACUCGUCGCUAAGCAGUUUCAAGAUUUAGAAGAUUCGGAUGAACCAGUAAAAUUAAUCUUUGAAAUUGAGUUAGAUUCAAAGCUUAUUGAAAGUGUUUUUUUAAAUCGGGAAUUUCAAUUUGAUACACAAGACCCAAAAGCAAUUAAAGAAAGUUUUUAUCAACUUACCAAUAUACUUCUUUUGCUAUUCGAAUAUGGAUCGGACAGACAAUGGCAGAGGCCUGAAAAUACACCAGUAAAGCGAAGAAGUAAAAUUCGUUCUCAGAUUAAUAGAUACGCAUGUAUGGGAAAUAUGAUAUUUACUAUUGAUCCACAAAAACAACGUGCUAUUGUUCAAUGCAGCCAUCAAUUAGCACAUGAACAUCCACAGUAUAGACAAACUGAGUUUCCGGCUGUAGCAAAGGAAUGGAUCAGAGACAACGUCAAAUACAAUCUACAAAGCUCUGAAUCGUACAGGCGUCUUCAACAAUAUGGGCUUAUCGAUGCUAAUAUACACACAAAAGAACAAGUGUAUUAUUGGAUGACGGUUUUUAACGAAGCAAAAGAGAAAUUAACUUACUAUAAUAAGAUUUUUAAUUCAGCAUUAAUGUUGUAUGAAAGGGAGAAAACCAAUAGUCAAUUCGUAAAAAAUUUUGAUACCCUUUUAAAACCAUUCGCCAAAGCCAUUGAAGAAUAUGAAGAACAACUAAAUGCCCUCACACAGCAAAAAACUUGGAGGCCAAAAAAUA